AUGGCGGUGCCGGCUCGGACCUGCGGCGCCUCUCUGCCCGGCCCGGCGCGGACCGCGCUCAGCUGGCCCGGCCGCGGCUCGCGGCCCGGCCUCAGCGCCCGGCGGCCGGCGGCUCGGCCCCCGCGCCCGCUGUCGCUGCUACUGCCGCCGCUGCUGCUGCUCCCGCUGCUCGCCGCCCCCGGCGCCUCUGCCUACAGCUUUCCUCAGCAGCACACGAUGCAGCACUGGGCCCGGCGCCUGGAGCAGGAGAUCGAUGGCGUGAUGCGGAUCUUUGGGGGUGUGCAGCAGCUCCGUGAGAUCUACAAAGACAACAGGAAUCUGUUUGAGGUGCAGGAGAAUGAGCCUCAGAAGUUGGUGGAGAAGGUGGCGGGGGACAUUGAGAGCCUGCUGGACAGGAAGGUGCAGGCCCUGAAGAGAUUGGCUGACGCUGCAGAGAACUUCCAGAAGGCCCACCGCUGGCAGGACAACAUCAAGGAGGAAGACAUAGUGUACUAUGACGCCAAGGCCGACGCUGAGCUGGACGACCCUGAGAGUGAGGAUGUGGAAAGGGGGUCCAAGGCCAGCACCCUACGGCUGGACUUCGUUGAGGACUCGAACUUCAAGAACAAGGUCAACUAUUCAUACACGGCUGUGCAGAUCCCCACGGACAUCUACAAAGGCUCCACCGUCAUCCUCAAUGAGCUCAACUGGACGGAGGCCCUGGAGAAUGUAUUCAUUGAGAACCGCAGGCAGGACCCCACACUCCUGUGGCAGGUCUUCGGCAGUGCCACGGGAGUCACUCGCUAUUAUCCAGCCACCCCAUGGCGAGCCCCCAAGAAAAUCGACCUGUACGAUGUCCGAAGGAGACCCUGGUAUAUCCAGGGGGCCUCGUCGCCCAAGGACAUGGUCAUCAUCGUGGAUGUGAGUGGCAGCGUGAGCGGGUUGACCCUGAAGCUGAUGAAGACAUCUGUCUGUGAGAUGCUGGACACACUCUCUGAUGAUGACUAUGUGAACGUUGCCUCCUUCAAUGAAAAGGCUCAGCCUGUGUCAUGCUUCACACACCUGGUUCAGGCCAACGUGCGUAACAAGAAGGUGUUCAAGGAAGCUGUGCAGGGCAUGGUGGCCAAGGGCACCACAGGCUACAAGGCCGGCUUUGAGUAUGCCUUCGAUCAGCUGCAGAAUUCCAACAUCACUCGUGCCAACUGCAAUAAGAUGAUCAUGAUGUUCACGGACGGUGGUGAGGACCGCGUACAGGACGUCUUUGAGAAGUACAAUUGGCCCAACCGGACGGUGCGCGUGUUUACUUUCUCCGUGGGGCAGCACAACUAUGACGUCACACCCCUGCAGUGGAUGGCGUGCACCAACAAAGGUUACUAUUUUGAGAUCCCUUCCAUCGGUGCCAUUCGCAUCAACACGCAGGAAUAUCUAGAUGUAUUGGGCAGGCCCAUGGUGCUGGCGGGCAAGGAGGCCAAGCAGGUUCAAUGGACCAACGUGUACGAGGAUGCACUGGGGCUGGGGUUGGUGGUGACAGGGACCCUCCCUGUUUUCAACCUGACGCAGGAUGGCCCUGGGGAAAAGAAGAACCAGCUGAUCCUGGGCGUGAUGGGCAUUGACGUGGCUCUGAAUGACAUCAAGAGGCUGACUCCCAACUACACGCUUGGAGCCAACGGCUACGUGUUUGCCAUUGACCUGAAUGGCUACGUGUUGCUGCAUCCCAACCUCAAGCCCCAGACCACCAACUUCCGGGAGCCUGUGACCCUGGACUUCCUGGAUGCAGAGCUGGAGGAUGAGAACAAGGAGGAGAUCCGUCGGAGCAUGAUCGAUGGCAACAAGGGCCACAAACAGAUCAGAACGCUGGUCAAGUCCUUGGAUGAGAGGUACAUAGACGAGGUGAUGCGGAACUACACCUGGGUGCCUAUAAGGAGCACCAACUACAGCCUAGGGCUAGUGCUCCCGCCCUACAGCACCUUCUACCUCCAAGCCAACCUCAGUGACCAGAUCCUGCAGGUCAAGUAUUUUGAGUUCCUGCUCCCCAGCAGCUUUGAGUCUGAAGGACAUGUUUUCAUUGCUCCCAGAGAGUAUUGCAAGGAACUGAAUGCCUCAGACAACAACACUGAGUUCCUGAAGAACUUCAUUGAGCUCAUGGAGAAAGUGACUCCAGACUCCAAGCAGUGCAACAACUUCCUUCUGCACAACCUGAUCUUGGACACGGGCAUCACACAGCAGCUGGUGGAGCGCGUGUGGCGGGACCAGGAUCUCAACACGUACAGCCUUCUGGCCGUGUUCGCCGCCACUGAUGGUGGCAUCACUCGCGUAUUCCCCAACAAGGCAGCUGAGGACUGGACAGAGACCCCUGAGCCCUUCAAUGCCAGCUUCUACCGCCGCAGCCUGGAUAACCAUGGCUAUGUCUUCAAGCCCCCACAACAGGAUGCCCGGUUAAGGCCGCUGGAGCUGGAGAAUGACACGGUGGGCAUCCUCGUCAGCACGGCUGUGGAGCUCAGCCUAGGUGGACGCACACUGAGGCCAGCAGUGGUAGGCGUUAAGCUGGACCUAGAGGCCUGGGCUGAGAAGUUCAAGGUGCUAGCCAGCAACCGUACCCACCAGGACCAGCCUCAGAAGCAGUGCGGCCCCAACAGCCACUGUGAGAUGGACUGCGAGGUUAACAACGAGGACCUGCUCUGUGUCCUCAUUGAUGAUGGGGGAUUCCUGGUGCUGUCAAACCAGAACCAUCAGUGGGACCAGGUGGGCAGAUUCUUCAGUGAGGUGGAUGCCAACCUGAUGCUGGCACUCUACAAUAACUCCUUCUACACCCGCAAGGAGUCCUACGACUAUCAGGCAGCCUGUGCCCCCCUGCCCCCGGGCAACCUGGGUGCCGCACCCCGGGGCAUCUUUGUGCCCACCAUUGCAGACUUCCUUAACCUAGCCUGGUGGACCUCUGCUGCGGCCUGGUCUUUGUUCCAGCAACUUCUCUAUGGUCUUAUCUACCACAGCUGGUUCCAGGCAGACCCCGCGGAGGCCGAGGGGAACCCCGAGGUGCGCGAGAGCAGCUGCGUCAUGAAACAGACCCAGUACUACUUCGGUUCGGUGAACGCCUCCUACAACGCCAUCAUCGACUGCGGAAACUGCUCCAGGCUCUUCCACGCACAGAGACUCACCCACACCAACCUUCUCUUCGUGGUGGCAGAGAAGCCGCUGUGCAGCCAGUGUGAGGCUGGCCGGCUGCUGCAGAAGGAGACACACUGUAUCCUUCCCGCGCUGCUCCCCGGCCCCUCCCGCCCAGCGCGUUCCCUCCGUGCCGCCGCCCCCUUGACUCCCCACCCAUGCCCAGCGGACGGCCCGGAGCAGUGUGAACUGGUGCAGAGACCGCGAUACCGGAGAGGCCCACACAUCUGCUUCGACUACAACGCCACGGUGAGGAGGGGGGCGGCGGCCUUGACCUGCAGCUCCCCUGCCCCAGGGCUAGUGCGGCCCUGCGCACCCGCUGCCCGCCCAGCCCGGGCAGACCGGCUGCUCCUUGUCUCUUUCCACAGGAAGAUACCUCAGACUGCGGCCGCGGAGCCUCUUUCCCACCGUCGUUGGGCGUCUUGGUGUCCCUGCAGCUGCUACUCCUCCUGAGCCUGCCUCCCCGGCCGCAGCCUCAAGUCCACGCCCACCCUUCUCGCCGCCUCUGAGUGCCCCUCCCCCCACCAGGCCUCCCCGCCGCUCCCCUGCUCCCUCGCACCACACUUCCCACCUUAGAGCCUCGCCCCCCUCCCUCACUGAAGGACCUGAGUGCGUCUGGCCCCGAGAAUCUGCGCCUUGGGGGGAGGGGGGGUCCCGAAGGAAGGCGCCGCAGGUCUUUGGCCCCCAAGCCACGUCUGGCUGCUGAACUGUCAGAGUGUCCCCAGACCCCUCAUUCCCACUGGACUCACCCACCCCGGAGGGCUGGGCCAGGGAGGCCACAGUACUGGUGCCAAACCAGGCCUCCACAGCCCGCCCUGCCCCGAGGCUCCCUUUGUGUGGAAGACCGAGGUCUUGCCCCAGUUGGACUCCUCUAACCUGGCCCUUCUGCUACACCCAGGACUAAAUCUGGGAAUAAUGGAGGAAAUUGAGAUGGGCAGUUUGACGCCUGUGCAUCCCAGCUUAAGUCCUGGCAGGAGAGAGGUCCUGGGGCAGCCCCCAAUGAGCUCCUGCCUCUCUCAGGCCUACAGCCACCUGUCCCUCCCCAAGCCCGGCAGGUGGCAGGACAGUGACAGUGACACCGGCUAAGACUCAACCCCAUACACACCUGGAGCCCUGAGGGCAGAAACUGGACUCCGACAUACCCAGGAGGGCACACACACAAACACAGACGUGCACAGACACACACACCCUGGGUUGGGGUGAGGGUGGGGGCUCACAAAGCCUUAUACGGGGUGAGGGGUUGGUGGGAGGUUGGCAUGUGCACACUCCAUCUCCUGCUCACCGUCCGCCUCUUAUGUGACCUGUAACCCAGCUGGUCCCCCAUCUCUAAAGCUGAAUGUCAAACAGUGCCAAAUGCUGGGGCAAAGGGUGAAGACCCCUCUGUCCUGACCUAGCCGCCAGUGUCCCCUUAUUGCCCCUGACCCUGCCAGGUGCUCAUUGUAACCAUUUCUCACUAGUGUCAGGCCCCCAGUGGGACCACAUGCCACUGCCUGCACCCCUCAGCAGAGGAACUCUCACCAGGCAUCACCCUUUGCCUUAGCGGGGGUGACUUGAUUACUCCUAGCUGGGUCAUCCCACCCCCAAUCUGCCCCUUAUACACUCAGGCCUGUCUCUUUCCCACUCACACACUCCCUGGCCAAACUGCUCCUCCCUGCUGAACACACACUUGCACAUGCAUAUACACACUCUGUGCACAUACACAGGCUGGGCCUGGGAACAUCUCUUCACACCAUUCAUUCUGGUCAUUUCUUGCAAAGGCAUCCCAGCCUGGGGGCCAUUGGGGGACUGAGGGCAGGGGGAUAUGGCCAUAGGGCUCAGAUGGACUGGGAGGAGGGGGGGAGGGUGAUACAUUAAUUAAUGGCUCCGUUAAUUAAUGUCACGUUGCUUGUCGCUUUCUCAGUGUGUGUGUAUGGUCCAUGCCCACUGCUGGUGCCAGGGUGGGCACCCAUGCUGUACACCCAGCCUAGAUGCCAGCCAUGUCUUGCAGGGGCGUGUGUGUAACUGUAGUGUAGUCAGGUGCUCAAUGGAGAAUAUAAAAAGAAAGAAAGAAACAUAUACAGAUAAAUUAAUAUAUAUUUUAAGUUUAAAAAACAGAAAAGCAGACAAAGCAAUCCCCAUCAGGUAGUUGUCAAACCCCCAGCUGGGUCUGAUCCUUCUCAUCACCCACCCGACCUGGCUGUCCCCUCACCUCGGGCUCGGGGGAUCUGUGGGGGACUGGGGGGCCAUUUCCUUUUAUCUGCCCUUUUUUUUUGGUUGUUCUAUUUUGUACAGACAAGUCAGAAAAACAACAGCGACAAAAAAGUCAAGAAACUUUGUAAAAUAUUGUGUGUGUGAUUCCUUGUAAAAUAUUUUCAAAUGGUUUAUUACAAAAGAUCAGUUAUUAAAUAAUGUUCAUAUUUUCACUUCAAAUGGUUCCCAUACACUGUCUCUGCCCUGGAGUGAGGACUGGGUGGCUUGAAGACAGGUGGCCAUGACCUCAGAGCCCCACUUACCACUUAAUUGGGAGUGAAGGCCAUAGCAAUCCAGGUCUCUGGUGGGUGGAGGGCAUGACGCUUCCCAGGCCUCCUAAGUGCCAGAUCCUUGACAUCCUUUGUCUUGUAUAAUCUUAUCAAAAGCCUCCAGGAAAAACUGUCUUUAAAAAAAAAAAGUCUCCCAGAGGCUCAAGGCCAAGACUGUGGAGGAAAGAAGAUGGAGAUGAGAUGCAGGCUUCUAGCCAAUAGGAUCAGACUACCAGGGCAUACGCAGGUCCUCCAGGUGGAGCAAAGAGUGACUACCUGGCCCAAGUCCAUGACUUCGUGCUUGAGGGCCAGUGCUGCUGUCCAGAGGAGGCCAAGGUCUGGCCCACCCACAAGCAUGAUGGCUGCUCCUUCCCAGCCCAGAGGAGGCCUGGUGCUGUCAGUGGCCACUGCUGCUCACGCUGGAACACAGCUCUGAGUCCAUUUCAGCAAAUCUCGGGCCUCCCUCUGGCAAGCCCUACACCCUUGUUCAUUUUAAUCCCAACUCUCUUAAUAGUCAAUCCUAUUCUGUGUGACCUUCGAGUUUCUUUUCAACGGGAAAGACUUAUAACCACCAGUGCAGAGAUUUCCCAGUACUACUGACACUUGCUCUCUUACAGUACACACUCCACACUAUGCACUCACCCUGUGCUGAGUACUUACCACACAUUAGAGUUGGAUAUUAGUUUAUCUCCAUACCGCAGAUGAGCAAAUUGAGACUUAGGAGAAAUCCUUUCUCCCAGAUGCAAGAAACCAGCAAAGGUUUUGGAAAUGAGGUGGCCUGUGGCUUGGGGACCUUGGAUGCUAAAUAAAUAAAAGAGGGCAUUCCAGGUCUUAGUGAAGACACCUUUCCUCACCCUCUGCAAGGGUUGGCCACAGAGCAAAGCCUAACUAGCAACCCCUGAGGCAGCUCCCGUGCUCCGCAACAGCCCCAGAGGUCCUGGGGUAGACCUGCCAUGUAAAAUACAGAACAUCCAAUCAAAUUUGGAAUUUCAGAUAAUCAAUGAAUAUUCUUCAGUAUGUUCCCAACAUUGCAUGGGACAUAACUAUGCUAAAAAUUGAAGACAUGCUUAUACUGAAAAAAUUAUUCAUUGUUUAACUGAAAUGCUAAUUGAGCGCCCUGUAUUUUGAUUUGCUAUAUCUGGCAACCCUACCCUGGGGUGGCAUGCAGCAGGAACCCAGAGCCCAAAGGUAAAGGAAAGCAACACCUUUUGUGAUCUGGAAGGCUGUGCACACGUCGGCAGUUGUACUGAGAUCAGUGGCGGAAAGGAAGGGAUUCUGCACUUUAUAAAUGUACUUUGUCAUAUAUUUAUUUUAAUUAUAUGCAUAUUAAAAAAAAAAACUCAAUAUACAAAAAACAAAAAUCAGUUUUGCACAGGACACAACCUACCUGAAGCCACCGUUGCAGUGAGGUGGAGACCCAAGGCCAGCCUGACCCAAGUUUGUGGAGAGACCUCUCUUCAUCAGGAUCAGCGAUUGACUGUGGUGAGGAAGAGAGUCACUAAGUCAAGUCCAGUCUCACCCCUUUGGGGGCUGGAGAUCCGAGUUCCGGUAUGGGCUCCACCUCAUUUGUAACAAGGGCAGCCUGGGCAACACACUCACUGAGCACCCAGGGUGGACUGGCAUUGUACACGCCAGUCCCCUUGGAUCCUCACGGUAGGUCCUGUCAUCAUCCCCAUUUUACUGUCCAUGAAACUGGGUUUCAACAAAGUUCGGGAAUUUGGCCAUUGUCACACAGCCGCCAAAACGCAGAGCAAGAAUUCCAACCUGGGUCAGGCACACACCAGACCGCGGAAGUUCCAGGAGUUCGCGCCCCCUGGACCAUCCAACAUUCCUACCUGCACACCUGCCCACUAGGACACACCCACUCAGAUAAACAGGCACACACUGAUCCAAUCCUUCCGGGAAAUUCAGCACGCGCGUGGCCUGCAGCUGUGCUGCCGCUGGUACCCGCUGCUCUCCAGAGGUUAGCGAUGCCCGUUCACCCUCCCCCGCCUCUGGAGAACCGACGGAAACGGUCCUGAGAACUACAACUCCCAAGCACACUCUCCUCUUCCGGCGCACAGCCUCCUGGGACUUGUUGUUCUACCCAGAACCCUGAUAUCCGCUGGUCCCGGCUCCGGCCGAGGACUCCAUGUCCCAGCAUGCCGCGGAACCGUAAGGCCGACGUUCAGAGGGCGUCCUGCAGCCUCUCCGAGCGCGCAGGCGCAGCGCCGCUGUUUGUCGGCGCCUGAGAAGGGAGGAGGUACGGUCGAAGCCGAGGCCGAGGCGGAGCUGACCAGACUUGACUCCGACCCAGAACCAGCCUCCAGUCCCGCGUCGACCGUAGGGCCCCAGAGUGGAUGGAGAAGAUCGAGCCCUGAGAUCACCGCCAUUCCGGUCGGCGCGGUGGCCACACAGAGCAGGCAGUUAGGCGUGCCUAAGCUGCCCAGGGUCUUCCCUCAGAUCCCCGGCGAGGGGCCUAGGCCCCGGCCCCGCGACCAGGCCCGGCUCUGCCCUUUGGGACCAGAGUCGACCCGACCGGAAGUGGACCUUUCACCGGGGCCAUAGGCCAGUGACUAGGUCGGACCCGGGCCUCCCGUCGGGGCCGGACUGGGACGAGGCCCCGGGGAGGCCCCUAGCCCACUAAACCCUUUCCUA